GUGCGUCACAGAGUGCUGCCCGUCCUGCCCAGGACCACAAUGGGAGGCGUUCCGUGGGUACUUUCCUUCGGUCUGCUGCUCUGCGCCCACGCUCUGGCUGACAACUUGGAAUGGAUGACUCGGCAGGCGCGUCACCGUUCGCUGCGGCUGGACGACUUCGCCGGCUGGCUUGAGUCGGUGGCGCUGCUGGACCGGUCGCUUGACCCAGACGGCCAGCUGUUCAACUCGCUACUGCAGCCGAUCCUGCGGCCUCGCUACGUAACAUCGGCCGCGCACGAGGACGUGCGACAGCACAUCGUGACCACGCUGGCCGGGCUCGGGUGGUCGGUGGACGGCGACAACACGUUCGAGAUGCGCACCCCGCUCGGUGUCAUGCCCUUCACGAACGUGGUGGCCACGCACGACCCGGCCGCGCCGCGCCGGCUCGUGCUUGCCUGCCACUACGACUCCAUCUACAAGCGGGACAAAUUCGUAGCCGCCACCGACUCUGCGGUGCCGUGCGCCAUGAUGCUCUACCUGGCCACGUUGAUGACGAAAGAUUACCUGGAUCCCUUGAAGGGCCGCUCGGACCUGACGGUGCAGCUCAUGUUCCUGGACGGAGAGGAGGCGUUCGUGCGCUGGUCCGACCGUGACUCCAUCUACGGCUCCCGCGCGCUGGCGCGCGACAUGCAACGCUCCGUGUUCCAGCUGAGGAACGGCCAGUCAGCCGUCUCGGAGCUGGACCGCAUCGACCUGUUCGUCCUGCUAGACCUUCUGGGAGCCUCCAACCCCACGAUCUCAAACUACAUAUCGGAGACGAACGGCGAGUUUCGGCACAUGGCCGCCGUAGAGAAGAAGCUGCGCAAGAGCGGCUACCUAGAGGCGGUGCCGGCCAUCUUCAAGUACCGCAGGUUCUGGGGCCUGUUCGGCGCGCCGCAGAUCAGCGAUGACCACCUCCCCUUCAUGCGCCGGGGCGUGAAGGUUCUGCACGUCAUCCCACACCCGUUCCCUUCUGUGUGGCACAAGAACUCGGAUAACGCCGCCGCCAUCCACCGACCCACCGUCAACAACCUCAACCGGAUCAUGCGCGUUUUCGUCGCAGAGUACCUCAACAUACCCGCCUACCUGUAGGCAAAGGAGCCGCCAUGAAGCCGGGCCGGGAGCUGUUCCGAUUGGCCCUGAUCCUCGGUGACGUCAGUCACUGACCGCGGGUUGUCACAGGGUGUGGUACAGGACAUUCGUCCAAAUCAGCAGACCUGACCCCUGGCACAAGAUGGCCGGCGCCGGGCACGUUUUGACUUUGUCCUGCUCCGUUUUGUUCAAGUUCACAUUGUGUUUUAGCGAUAUGUCGUCUUAUUGCACGGACAAUUGUUUGCGUUUUUAUGAGAUGAUCGAACCCCUGUUGAGCGCUACGACACUAUGACUUCAGCUCGGUGACUCUUCCGCUGAGCAUAUGAACACUAUCGAACAUAUUUGCCACUAAAUAUUGUUCAUGCUGAGGUAAUAUGCACUACAACCAGAUACAGCACAGACACUAAAUGCGUGCCGACAGAAAAUGCGAAGGGCUGAUGAGGCAACAGAGGAGAAUGUGCCUGCCAUGUCCUGCUCCUCCCGUUCCCAAAAUCUCACACUUCCUUCCAAAUGUAGUGUUGUGAAGUUGUCAUUUAGAACAGACCCCGGGGUCUCCAGGGUUCCACGCAUUCAUUGCUUUCAGGAAUAGCCGACAUGCUGUUGGUGCUUUGCGGCGCCCAGACCCCAAUAAGAGUCGGCGGCCUCGCUUACACGCUGCUCGCCUGGUGAAAGUCCCUCAGAGACCGGGGUUGAAUGCCGUCAUUGGUCACCGCUCAAGCCCAAAGAUGCAUUCAAUUCACUCACCCAGUUGUGCCGAACAGACUGCCUCGCUUGCCCUUCUGAAUUAUCCGAGCCGAGCCCUGCAUUGACUUCUUAUGUGCCUGUUCGUGUGCGGACUUCUAAUGUGUACGUCUGUGAUACUUUGAGACCGCGCCAUCAACUACGUUGUUAUUUUCUGUAGGUGCAGCUGCGCACCAUGGGAAGCGAAUCAUGAAAACGAACAUUGGUAAUCGUUUAGUCUACAGCUUCCGAGCCGCGAGUCGGUCAUCAGCAGACGUCUAAAAAUUCGACGGCUGUCCUGGUUUGGAGUGUGGAAUCAGCGUGGAAUUAUAGGCCACAUGCACGUAGGGUACACCCGACUGGACGAUGGCCAUUCCAGGAUUAAACGGCAAUCUAUGAUGUCCUUGUUUUAUCUGAAAUCGGCUCGAAGUCUGCAGUGCUUCUGAUGAAGAGCACCAUAUUGUACCCAUUUGAGCAGAAUAGUGCCGUUCUGUCGUCCGAAAAUCGUGCUGUUUUAAUUUGCACCCUCGAAGCAUCGAAAUUUACCGGAGUCGAACGGCCACUGGUUCGCCUCAAAGGACUAAACCAGUCGUCAUUGGCCCCUAAAACGGCGGGCUACCAUCUGACCUCUCGUUGUAUGACUUUAACUCAGUCUGAGGUGAAGUGGUAAAGGAACGUGUAUAGCCAUUGUCUACGACAGAAGUUGAAAUAGCUUGCGUCAGCUCAAUUACAAGUACGUUUCUAGCAACCGCCAGUCCGAAAGCACGCCAUCAUAUUUCCCCAUUUCGAACCCAAUUAUUCGUCAAAGGGGUAAGCAUUCAUGUUCGUAGGACGCCUGUAUUGAUUCAUAUUUUGGGAAUGUGUGAGCUACAUUCGAAUGGGAAGGGGUUUUGGAAUGCUCGGUCAAGGUAAGCAAAUUAUAUGGCGUUUUCCCUGAGGAAUGAAUCCUCAACCAUGCUCAGUCACCUUCAUGACUGUUCAUGAUUUGCAAUCAUCACAUGGCUUGCGUUGCCUCAAGCGGGUGUCACCCCGGGCAAAUGUGCAAAACCGCUUGACAAAAUUGGUUUGCAACAAAGCUUUUACCGUGCGCUGCAGUGUGCUCGGAAAGGUGUAAAUUGACAAUUUGCUUCUUUGCUCAUUCGUUGUCGAUCAGAUAACCAUACUUUGAUCUGUCCUUGCCUGACCAAGCCUGCUGAGUCCCGGCAGGUCGAACGCAAAGCGCUGUGUCAUUUAUUUCAGACGACAUACCGGCAGGUGCACAUAACAUCACCCAGUGAUGUACGAAUAUAUUUUGUCACAAACUU